UUAUUUGCAUACUCUCCUUAAUUCGAUUCCUUUCUCCAACGAAAACAAUGGCAGAGUUCCUUCUUUCUAAAUGCCUUGACAUAUUGUUUGACCGACUGUUGUCUUCCGACUUGCUGAAAUUUGCUCGCCUAGAGGGAAUUCGAGAAGAGCUGGACAAGUGGCGCAAAACCAUGACAAUAAUCCAAAGGGUGCUUGAUGAUGCAGAGGAGCAGCAACGGACUGAAAAGACAGUGAAAGAUUGGCUUGACGAUCUCAGAGAUUUGUUCUACGACAUGGAAGAUUUACUGGAUGAGUUCGCCACAGAAGCUUUGCAUGAACGCAAGUUGAUGGCCGGUGAAAGUCAAGCUAGCGCUAGUAUGAUGUUUCUGUGAAUUACCCAAAUCAGAUUUCUCUCGGCUUCUGGGUCCCGUUGGAGUUGGAUUAAUAUUAUCUUUCUCUUCUUAAUUAUGAUUACAACAUAGGGGAAAAUAUCAAUGGAGAAAGUUGAUGCAGCACGCAAGAAGCCAGAGGUGGGCCAUGAGCAGACCAAUAUGGCAAUAGAGUAAACCAGCAAAGAAAGUUGCAACUUUCCUGCAGAUUUUAUUUUGUCAACAAGUUUCCUUAGUUUGCUCUAGUCUCCGUUAUAAUAAGGACCAGCAUUGUAAUGCAGAGAUAUUGUUUGAUGAAAUAAUUAAAGAUUACGGUGGUUUGAAUUUUCAUUGAUUUCUUUGUAGUGGGAAACACAGAAUUCCUACUGCAAUUAUCCUUACACUUCCGCUACGCCAAAAGUCCUCUGGCUGAGUUUAAACUGGACCCACC